ACGAUUGCUGUAAACUCUUCACAGGCGCUGAUGGUGGAACACGGGUUAAGUUGUCGAAUUCAAUUAUUAAAGAGAAUAAUAUUGCAUAUUUUCGGUACAGAAGAAGACAACAGCCUAGGCUAGAUCCGUUUUCAACCCUGGAAUCAAACUCAUCCAGUCACCCGCAUUCAUGGAGAACACAAAGAAGCGGCCCCGGCCCCGGUCAUGUGUGAGGUGUGCGGGACCUACUUCGAAACGCGGCGGGGUCUCUCCAGUCACGCCCGACUCCACCUCCGUCAGCUCGGCGUGGCUGUCUCGGACAACAGCGGAGCUCCAAUCGACUUGCUCUACCAGCUGAUUCAGGACAGGGACGGUUCCAUGCAUCCACUCAAACCCAUCUACUCUUCACCCAAAAAAUCCAAGGGGUCAGGGACGCUCAUCUCCCAGAAGGAGUCCCCUCUAGGGGGUAGGGUCAAAGUAAUGACGACCCCACAGAAUAAUAUAUCCCAGGUAGCCCCGGGCCCCACAGCUCGUAAAGGAACAGUUUUGGCCAAGCCUCUGCAGUCUUCCAUGUCGUCGUUCCUAACAGCAGGCAAGACGCCAUCGCCCUCAGGGGGAGCGAGCCUGGCCUCGGCCAAGCCUGCCUGGGCACCGCAGGAGACGGAUGCCCCUCUCACCCUAGCGAUGGACACCAAUGACGAGGUGCAUGUGUGCCAAUUGUGCGGUGCCUGGUAUGAGUCCCGCAAAGGCCUGGCCAGUCACUGCCGGGCCCACUUGCGCCAGUUCGGCAUCACCGAGAACACCGAGACGAAAGGAGGACCAAUAGAAUUCCUCUACCAGAUCAUGGAAGCGGAAGACCUCCAACCUAUAGCAAGUGAAGGUCUCAACGUCUAUAACCCAUCUAUGUCUUCUAACUCUAACAAACGGCCCUCCGGCUCUGGUUCGUCCACCUCGCCUGCUAGACAUAAAGGAUCCCCCUCCUCCUCCCUUCACCAGCCUCCCUCCAGCAAACGGCCCAAGCCCUCCGCAUCAGAAGGAACCGCUCCGCAGGAUCAUAGGCUCAGCAAGGGUGAGUUCACCUGCGUGUUGUGUGGCGAGGAGUUUGAGAACCGUAAAGGCCUAGCGAGCCACUCCCGCUCUCACCUGCGCCAGCUCGGCGUCACCGACCUCCUGGGCAAGGCAUCGGCCAUCGACACGGUCCAGCAGCUGGUCAGCAGCGGUGUGCUGGCGGCCGCCGCAUCGGCACGACCCAGUAACAACACCACCACCACCAAGACCCCGUCUCAGUCUCCAGCCCCAGCCAGGUCUCCAGCUAGAUCCCCAGCUAACGCCCACCUCAGCCCCUUGGCCUCCAGCCACAACCCCAGGCCCAAGGCCAAGAAGGGCUCCACCCUGGUCUAUCCCAAGCCGGAACCCCUGGAGAUGGAGAUGGAUGUGGGGUUCUCCAGUCCGCUUGGGGGGUACAGCAGCAGUAAUGGAUCUCAGGGUUCUCAGAAGUGGCCCAACUCUGCUGGAAAUGGCCAGUCCUUCAACUCAGGUUCAGACCAGGAGCUCAUGAUCACCUGUGAGUUCUGCGGCCAGUUCUUUGACAGCCGCAAGGCCCUGUCCUGCCAUGCCCGCUCCCACCUGCGCCAGCUGGGAGUCAUGUGGUCUGUCAACGAGUCGCCCAUCGACCUGCUGAGAGACAUCCUGCUGAAAGAGGGCAGUGCCACCGCCACCCAGGUCAAGAGGGAGCCAUCGUCCACUCACUCCAGUGCCAGCCCGGCCUGGGCCAAUCACAGGCGGUUCUCUGAGCCUUCGUGGGCUCCCCAGGGCUCUAAGAGGACGUUCACUCCUCCACUGGACUACUCCCUCAACGACAAGCCUUCCCCUGAUAAGAAUGGGUCCUCCCAGUCUGCAGGGGAUGCGUGCUGCGAGCUGUGUGGCUUUGACUUUGAGAACCGCACGGCGCUGGCGAGCCACGCACGGGCCCACCUCCGCCAGCUGGGGGUUAAGGAGUGGAGGGUAGAGGGUGUGAAGGCCUCCCCCAUUGAGUUGCUCAGCGCCUGGAUCCAGAGGCAGCCACGUAAGGCCGCGGAGAUCCACCGCCAGUACCGCGACGGUGACCUCAACAUCAGGUUUAAGAGGAAAGCCCCGUCCCACUCUCCCGCCACAGACUCAGGCUUCUUCCCCUCGGGAGCCCAGAGGACUGCGGCUGCGGGGCUGCAGCUGGGGCGCAGGGCGGGCCGAGAGGUGGCCAGGGUCGCCGGGGGGUUGUCCAGGACAGCUCAGGGUCAAAGGUCACAGGGGGAGACGGGACACUCGUCACAUCACCAUCAUACCGUCGCUCAUACGCAGUCCCAGGGGGCUAGAGGAGACUUCAACCACAUACGCUCUCCUAGAGCCCCUCCCAUCCUGUCUGUGCCAGGUUUUGAGCGGCGGGUCCCUAAACACACCGCCCAUACGGAGGGAGCAGAGGUAGACGGCAGCUCUCAACAACCCUCCCGGUCAGGAAACAUCCCUUCCCUGGUUCCCAGGCCUCCCUCCACUCCUCUGGUCAAACAAGUGGGCAAAGAGUACACCCUCAAGUGCAGGUUCUGUGAGGCAGUGUUCCAUGGAUCUCAGUCAGUACAGGAGGACUGGAUCAGACACCUGCAGCAACACAUCCUGGACCUCCGCUUCAACAAGGCCUCUCCUCCCACCACCCCUGGCCCAGAACGGCCCCUGGUCCCGGGCAUCGAACCCUCAGCCAUCCCCCCUACCACCACCCCUGUCUUUCUGGCACCACUAGCUGUUUAAAUGGUCCACUACAACGGCUACACUCACUGCAUUUUUCUUAUUACCACUCAGUUGGAUUGUCUUAUCUGUUGUUCAUGUAUUUGUUUUCUUCAAAGGACUGUUGAAGUCGGUGUACAAUGUGGCAAAAACACUACUAAUAAGGUGCGCGUGGGGGACUAUGCGUUUGUUUAUUUAUUCAGCGUUGAAGAAAUGACUCGAUAUGAAUGAUAACAGCACAAAGUGGAUAUACUGUGUCACUAGUCUUGUCCACCAGCUGGCUCUCUCUCUAGCUGUUAGCCUGGGGACGAGGUUACUGGAGUACAGACAUAGCUGUACCAGCCUCAUAUCAACUCUAGAGGGCCUACUUGGGCCAUUUGAAGAAGUCUACUUUCAGUAACUGUACUCUUGCUGGGGUAACUUGGACAUGAGGGGUCAAACAAACUAACAUCCAUUCAUCAUGUCAGUCACACCACGUAGUAGUCUAGCAAUGGUUACAUUCCAGAUCUUUAUUGUGAUGUUUAUUGCACAUUGUUUUCAUAGAAACCUAAAUUCAUAGUAGUCUGUAUGACUUUGGAUGGAAUGGAUUUCCAUAGACUGUAGUCAGUGAUGUCACUGAAGAAGUAAGGCAAAGCCUGUUCUAGCAUUAAAUACAUUCCCCUUGUUUCAACUGUUUCAAAGCAGUGUGGUAUUAUAGGUUGCAUUGCAAAAUAGCAGGGAAGGAAGCAUGUUCAGCUUUGAAUUAUGGUCUGAAAUGUAUUUCCCUAAUGUACAGGAAUUUGUAUUUACUUUUUUAUGAAUUAUGUUUUAAAAUGUAGAAAUUUUUUCUGAAGUAAAGAAAUAUAGACAAGGUU